CGAUGUAUGGCGCAUUUCAAGUGGUGCUGUUGAGGAGUUGGAGAAGCUUUGGGUGGGGCGGGCAGUGCGCUUACGCACCACUCCACCACCUUCCCUCUUUAUAAAGACUAGAGAAGCUUCUCUCUACUCUUAUCCCCGGAUAUUUUUAUCCGUUGAUCAACAUGAAAGGCCUUCAAAUCUCUUACCAUCUCUUCCUUCCAAUCUUUCUUCUCCUCUUUGUUGUUUUUGUUGUUCAAGUUAGGGGGGAGAAAGAGAAGGAGAAGAAUGUUUACGUGGUAUACAUGGGUGCAACUACUUCUACUGGGCCAUCCUUGAGAGAUGAUCAUGUCCAGCUCCUUGCUUCGGUUUUGGAAAGGGAAGUGGGCCACGCAGAGAAGUCAAUACUGCACAGCUACAAACACGGGUUUUCUGGAUUCACCGCACGCUUAUCUGUGGAAGAGGCACGUGCCAUGGCAAAAAAACCCGCCGUUGUAUCAGUUUUUGUGGACCCCAUCUUACAGCUCCACACAACCCGAUCUUGGGAUUUCCUACAGUACCAAACAGACUUAGAGACAGACUCCAACAACGGUUCCGAUGCUGACUCAGCGUCUGGUGGGACAGACACUAUCAUUGGACUUUUGGACACUGGCGUGUGGCCAGAGUCGGAGAGCUUUAGCGAUGGAGGGAUGGGAGAAAUUCCGGCUCGGUGGAAGGGAGUGUGCAAGGGAGGAUACGACUUCAAUGCUUCCAGCUGUAACAGGAAGCUGAUAGGCGCAAGAUACUACAAUGACCCGGAUUCUGCAUCAAGAGCAAAGACACAUGAUGAGACUGCCCGGGACUCACAGGGCCAUGGAACACACACAGCCUCAACAGCGGCUGGUGGCUCUGUACCUGAAGCGUCUUACUAUGGACUUGCUGUGGGAACUGCCAAGGGUGGUUCACCCACAUCCAGGAUCGCAGUCUACAAGGUAUGCGGUUUGGGUGGAUGCCUGGGUUCGGCGAUCCUUGCAGCAUUCGAUGAUGCUAUUGCUGAUGGCGUUGAUGUACUUUCACUAUCCCUCGGGGCGUCAGUAUACUUGAUGCCAGACUUCGAUAGCGAUCCAAUCGCGAUUGGAGCAUUUCAUGCAGUGGAGAAGGGGAUCAUUGUGGUCUGCUCAGCGGGGAAUAAUGGGCCGAUUGCAAAAUCUGUCGUGAAUGCAGCUCCUUGGAUUUUGACGGUCGGUGCAACAACCAUCGAUCGGGAUAUGGAAUCGGAUGUUAUUUUGGGAGGGAACAGUACUCUGGUCAAGGGUGAAGCUAUAAAUUUCUCCAAUCUUGGAAAAUCCCCUGUUUAUCCGUUGAUAUAUGGCGGAUCUGCUAAAACCAAUUCAAGCUCUGAGGAUGACGCAAGAAACUGCAAUCUGAAUGCAUUAGACAGAAACAAAAUCAAUGGGACGAUUGUUCUUUGUGAGCAUUCGGACACCAUAUAUUCGAAGAGACAGAAGAGGGAUAUGGUGAAGAAGUUGGGAGGAGUUGGGCUGGUUUUGGUUGACGACACAGAGAAGCUUGUCGCUUUUACUUAUGGUGUUUAUCCAAUGACGGUAAUCUCUUCUGAUGCUGCUGCUGAGAUUCAUUCCUACAUUAAUUCUACAAGAAACCCGGUUGCAACAAUUCUACCAACUGUUUCGGUGACAGAAUAUAAACCCGCCCCUGCUGUGGCCUACUUCUCAUCUCGAGGGCCUUCCAUUCAGACGGGAAACAUUCUCAAGCCGGAUGUUGCUGCACCAGGUGUGAAUAUUCUUGCAGCAUGGAUACCAACAAACGAUUCAUCAGAAGUCCCUCCAGGCCAAAAGCCAUCCCAAUUCAAUUUACUGUCGGGGACGUCAAUGGCAUGUCCACAUGUUUCCGGCAUUGCUGCCACAAUCAAAUCUAAGAACCCGACGUGGAGUCCUGCUGCCAUCCGUUCAGCCAUUAUGACAACAGCAACUCAAACAAACAACGACAGGGCUCCACUCACACAAGAUUCGGGCUCCAUCGCCACACCAUACGAUUACGGUGCAGGGGAAGUCAGCCCAUCUGGAGCAUUGCAGCCAGGGCUAGUAUACGAAAUAGAAACAAAUGACUACCUCCUCUUUCUCUGCAAUUAUGGAUAUCAGGCAUCAAUGAUAAAGAAGAUUGCAUCAAUUCCUGACGGGUUCAGCUGCCCAAACGAUUCUAGUAAGGAUUUGAUCUCCAAUCUCAACUACCCAUCAAUCGCAAUCUCCAAAUUUGAUGGAAAAGGGAGCAAGAAAGUGAAUAGAACAGUAACGAAUGUGGGUGCUGAUGAGUCAGUGUAUGUCGCAAGUGUAAAAUCCCCAUCUGGGUUGGUUGUGAAGGUGGUACCUGAUACACUUGAAUUCACAAAGACUAGCAAGAAGAUGAGCUACCAAGUGAUCUUUUCAUCAUCUGCAUCAUCUUCUCCAGCAACAGGAGAUGUAUUCGGAUCUAUUACUUGGACUGAUGGAAAGCAUAAAGUUAGAUCUCCAUUUGUUGUAACAAAUGCCUGAUCAUGGAGUUGUCUAGCUCUAGGCUUCUUGUUACAUUCUUCUGAUGCUUAUGUACAUACACUAAUAAGGAAUAUCAAGGACUAGCAUUGUCAAAAUCGAUAAAUUAACAGAUGGGGUACUACUUUUCAA